UCAAGAUUGAUGAGAACAACAACUACCCUCGUUACCUGGCUUUUAUCAUAUGGCAUCAACAAGGCAUGAAGGAUAUCACUGCUGUGCAGCUCUGCGAGACACAAAAUUUUGUGUGCAAGCUACUCGAUAGGAGCUACGGAGCCGUAUGGACAACUACUUCACCCCCUAGGGGACCCCUCUUGAUAAGGAUGCUAUUUAGCGAUGAUGAUGAGGAGACGUGGCUAAUUCCAGUUAAUAACAUACUGGAAGAUUGGAAACCUGGAAAUACAUAUGACUCGGGAGUACAAGUGAACUUAUAGCCAAAUGAAUAGGUCUCUAAUAUUCGAUGAAUACAGAUUCAUACCCCUGGAAUAAACAUCCACGACUUUGCAGUUUUCAUAUGUUCUAUUUUCAUUUUCGUUCCAAAGUAGGAUAAGCAUCGAGAAGUUCUUAAUUGUUGUAGUCAUUGUAUUGUAUUGUUGAAUAAUAAUCUCAAAAACUAGAUAAUGAAUGUAUGGAAUUCAUUGUUAA